CGCCGCCGGCCAGCACCUGACGGAAUUGCGGGAGUGGCGGGGCUCGUGGACGCCCGAGGCGUCCUUGCCGUGGGCUCCGCGGCCGGGGUUCGCCCUCAUGGAGUGCCGACUCGGGAAACCCGAGAGGUCCUGGACCGGGGCCGAAGGGAGCGCGCACAGGGGAGGAACCCAGAGUUGUUCGAGUUUCACCAAUAAUGCCAUUCAGUUGCCAGUGUCAAGGAAAGCAAAUAUAAGACACUUUUAAUAUUUCAAGAAAAGUAAUAGGAUUCUUCAUUCUACCUGACAGAACCAUACCAGAAGGUGAGGUAUAGGCUCACAGAUUCCAGAGAAAUCAUGAAGUUAUAUGUGUUUCUUGUCAACACUGGAACUACUCUGACAUUUGACACUGAACUAACAGUGCAAACUGUGGCUGACCUUAAGCAUGCCAUUCAAAGCAAAUACAAGAUUGCUAUUCAGCACCAGGUGCUGGUGGUCAAUGGAGGAGAGUGCAUGGCUGCAGAUCGAAGAGUGUGCACCUACAGUGCUGGGACGGACACAAAUCCAAUUUUUCUUUUUAACAAAGAAAUGAUCUUGUGUGACCGUGCACCUGCUAUUCCUAAAACUACCUUUUCAACAGAAAAUGACAUGGAAAUAAAAGUUGAAGAGUCACUCAUGAUGCCUGCAGUUUUUCACACUGUUGCUUCAAGGACACAACUUGCAGUGGAAAUGUAUGAAGUUGCCAAGAAACUGUGUUCAUUUUGUGAAGGUCUUGUCCAUGAUGAACAUCUUCAACACCAAGGCUGGGCUGCAAUCAUGGCCAAUCUGGAGGACUGUUCAAACUCAUACCAAAAGCUGCUUUUCAAGUUUGAAAGUAUUUAUUCAGAUUAUCUGCAAUCCAUAGAAGACAUCAAGUUAAAACUUACUCAUUUAGGAACUGCAGUUUCAGUAAUGGCCAAGAUUCCACUGUUGGAGUGCCUAACCAGACAUAGUUACAGGGAAUGUUUGGGAAGACUGGAUUCUUUAAAUGAACAGGAAGUCUCAGAGAAAGCCAUGAUGAAAAGAUCCACUGAACUGGUGCUUUCUCCUGAUAUGCCUAGAACAACAAACACAUCUUUAUUAACCUCAUUUCACAAGUCAGUGGAACACAUAGCUUCAGAUACCACAGAUGGUCAAAGUGGUGAAGAAAUUAGCGAAUCUUGUCAAAGUGCUGUCCAACAAGAUGAAACUUCAGUGGAUGCUAAAGACAGUGAACUGCCUUUUUUUAAUGUUUCUUUGUUAGACUGGAUAAAUGUUCAGGAUAGACCUAAUGAUGUGGAAUCUUUGGUCAGAAAGUGCUUUGAUUCUAUGAGCAGGCUUGACCCAAAGAUUAUUCAACCAUUUAUGUUAGAAUGCCAUCAGACUAUUGCCAAACUUGAUAAUCAGAAUAUGAAAGCCAUUAAAGGGCUUGAAGAUCGGCUGUAUGCCCUGGACCAGAUGAUUGCCAGCUGUGGCCGGCUGGUCAAUGAACAGAAAGAGCUCGCUCAGGGAUUUUUAGCUAAUCAGAUGAGAGCUGAAAACUUGAAGGAUGCAUCUGUGUUACCUGAUCUGUGCCUGAGUCACGCAAAUCAAUUGAUGAUUAUGUUGCAAAACCAUAGAAAACUGUUGGAUAUUAAACAGAAGUGCACCACUGCCAAACAAGAACUAGCAAAUAAUCUACAUGUCAGACUGAAGUGGUGUUGUUUUGUGAUGCUUCAUGCUGAUCAAGAUGGAGAGAAACUACAAGCAUUGCUCCGCCUUGUAAUAGAGCUGUUAGAAAGAGUCAAAAUUGUUGAGGCUCUUAGCACAGUUCCUCAGAUGUAUUGCUUAGCUGUUGUUGAGGUUGUAAGGAGAAAAAUGUUCAUUAAACACUACAGAGAGUGGGCUGGAGCUUUAGUCAAAGAUGGAAAGCAGUUGUAUGAAGCUGAAAAGUCCAAAAGGGAAUCUUUUGGGAAGUUAUUUAGGAAGUCUUUUUUAAGAAAUCGUCUGUUUAGGGGACUGGACUCCUGGCCCCCCUCCUUUUGUACUCAGAAACCUCGAAAGUUUGACUGUGAACUUCCAGAUAUUUCAUUAAAAGAUUUACAGUUUCUGCAAUCAUUUUGUCCUUCAGAAGUGCAGCCAUUCCUCAGGGUUCCCUUACUUUGUGACUUUGAACCUCUACACCAGCAUGUACUUGCCCUACAUAAUUUGGUAAAAGCAGCACAAAGUUUAGAUGAAAUGUCACAGACGAUUACAGAUCUGCUGAAUGAACAAAAGGUAUCCACAAGUCAGGCAUCCCCACAGUCGGCUUCUUCCCCAAGGAUAGAAAGUACAACAGGAAUUACAACUACUACCUCACCGAAAACUCCUCCUCCGCUUACUGUUCAGGAUCCCUUAUGUCCUGCAGUGUGUCCCUUAGAAGAAUUAUCUCCAGAUAGCAUUGAUGCACAUACAUUUGAUUUUGAAACUAUCCCCCAUCCAAACACAGAACAAACUAUACACCAAGCUUCUUUAGACUUGGAUUCAUUAGCUGAAAGUCCUGAGUCUGAUUUUAUGUCUGCUGUGAAUGAGUUUGUGAUAGAAGAAAAUUUAUCAUCUCCUAAUCCUAUAAGUGAUCCACAAAGUCCAGAAAUGAUGGUGGAAUCAUUGUAUUCAUCAGUCAUUAAUGCAAUAGAUAGUAGACGAAUGCAGGACACAAAUGCGUGUGGUAAGGAGGACUUCGGAGUUCAUGCUUCUUUGCAUGUCCAGUUGGAAAAAUGUAGAGUUGUUGCCCAGGACACUCACUUCAGUAUACAAGCCAUCAAGGAAGACCUAUACCACUUCAGAACAUUUGUUCAGAAAGAACAGUGUGACUUCUCAAAUUCUUUAAAAUGUACUGCAGUAGAAAUAAAAAACAUUAUUGAAAAAGUAAAAUGUUCUCUAGAAAUAACACUAAAGGAAAACCAUCAGAAAGAACUACAGUCUUUAAAGACUGAAUAUGAAGGCAAGCUUGAUGCUCUAGCAAAGGAGCGUGAGGAAAAUGAAAAUAAAAUUAAAAAAUUGAAAGGAGACUUAGUUUGUCUUGAGGAGGUUUUACAAAAUAAAGACAAUGAAUUUGCUUUGGUUAAACAUGAAAAGGAAGCUGUCAUCUGCAUGCAAAAUGAAAAGGAUCAGAAGUUAUUAGAGAUGGAAAAUAUAAUGCACACUCAGAAUUGUGAAAUUAAGGAACUGAAGCAGUCUCGAGAGGUCGCCCUAGAAGACUUAAAGAAGCUGCACGUGGAAAAUGAUGAGAGGAUGGAAUUGCUGAGAGCAGAGCUUCAGUGCCUGGAGCAGAGCCACCUCAAGGAACUGGAGGACACACUGCAUGUCAGGCACACGCAGGAGUUUGAGAAAGUUGUGACAGACCACAAAGUAUCUUUGGAGAAAUUGAAAAAGGAAAAUCAACAAAGAAUUGAUCAGAUAUUGGACUCUCAUGCCUCAACUCUCCAGGAAAAAGAACAGCAGUUACAGGAAUUGAAACUCAAGGUUUCCGAUUUGUCAGACAUGAGAUGCAAAUUAGAGGUUGAACUUGCAUUAAAGGAAGCAGAAACUGAUGAAAUAAAAAUUUUGUUGGAAGAAAGUAGAACACAGCAGAAGGAAACUUUGAAAUCUCUUCUUGAAAAAGAGACAGAAAGUUUGAGAACAGAAAUAAAUAAACUCAAUCAAAAGAUUCAAGAUAAUAAUGAGAACUAUCAGGUGGGCUUAUCAGAACUAAGAACUUUAAUGACAAUUGAAAAAGAUCAGUGCAUUUCAGAGUUAAUUAGCAGACAUGAAGAAGAGUCUAAUAUCCUUAAGGCUGAGUUAGACAGUGUAACAUCUUUCCAUCACCAAGCACUUGAAAUAGAAAAACACCUGAAAGAACAAAUUGUUGAACUGCAGAGUAAAUUGGAUUCAGAAUUGAGUGCUCUUGAAAGACAAAAAGAUGAAAAAAUAACCCAACAGGAAGAGAAAUAUGACGCUAUUAUUCAGAACUUUGAGAAAGACAAAGAGAAAUUGGUCAUGAGCCACAAGCAAGACAGAGAACAGUUAAUUCAGCAGCUUAAUUAUGAGAAAGAUGAAGCUAUUCAGACUGCACUAAAGGAAUUUGCAUUGGAGAGAGAACUUGUUGAGAAAGACUUAUUAGAAAAACUUAAACAUCUUGAAAAUCAAAUAGCCAAAAGUCCUGCCCUUGAAUCUACCAGAGAAGAUUCUUCAAGCUUAGUUGCUGAACUUCAAGAAAAGCUUCAGGAAGAAAAAGCAAAGUUUCUAGAACAGCUUGAAGAACAAGAAAAAAGAAAGAAUGAAGAAAUGCAGAAUGUUCGGACAUCUUUGAUCGCUGAACAGCAGACCAAUUUUAACACUGUUUUAACAAGAGAGAAGAUGAGGAAAGAGAACAUAAUAAAUGACCUUAGUGAAAAGUUAAAGAGCACAAUGCAGCAGCAAGAGCGAGAUAGAGAUUUGAUAGAAUCACUUUCUGAAGAUCGAGCUCGUUUGCUUGAGGAAAAGAAAAAGCUUGAAGAAGAAGUCAGUAAAUUGCGUAGCAGCAGUUUUAUUCCGUCACCACCUAUAGUUGCUGCCCCAGAGCUUUAUGGAGCUUGUGCGCCUGAGCUCCCAGGUGACACAGCUAGGUCAGAGACAGUAGAUGAAGGAAGAGUGGAUUCAGCAAUGGACACAAGCAUGAUGUCUGUCCAGGAAAACAUUCAUCUGCUUUCUGAAGAAAAACAGAGGAUAAUGCUUUUAGAGCGAACAUUGCAGUUGAAAGAAGAAGAAAACAAGCGCUUAAAUCAAAGACUGAUGUCUCAGAGCAUGUCUUCAGUCUCUUCCAGACAUUCUGAAAAAAUAGCUAUUAGAGAUUUUCAGGUGGGAGAUUUGGUACUCAUCAUCCUAGAUGAGCGGCAUGACAAUUACGUGUUGUUCACUGUCAGUCCUACUCUGUAUUUUCUGCAUUCAGAGUCUCUGCCUGCCCUGGAUCUGAAACCAGGUGAGGGCGCUUCAGGUGCAUCUAGAAGACCCUGGGUCCUUGGAAAAGUCAUGGAAAAGGAAUACUGUCAAGCCAAAAAGGCACAAAACAGAUUCAAAGUUCCUUUGGGGACGAAGUUUUACAGAGUGAAAGCUGUUUCGUGGAGUAAGAAGGUGUAGCCCACGGGAGAAGUGACUACAUCUGAAGUCGUUUUCUGAUUUGUCCUCCAGUGCUCAGAAAUCACUCCAAAAACAACCGGCCGACUUUUCAUACAAAACUUCACAUAACAAUACACUUCAUUGGUGGAUAUCACUUACUUUUUAACUAGCUACAUUUCAAGAACAAUAAAUUCAUCAAAAUCUUGGCUGAAUUAAAAUGGUUUCCUUUCAUUUUGUUUCCAACCAGAUAACUAGAAAUGUGGACCAAACUAGUUCAUUUUCUCAAAGGGCAUAACCUGUGCACUGUGGCUUAUAACUAGCCAUAUUAAUUGCCUGUUAAAUAAACAUUAGCUUGAACUUAGGUAUUAAAUGUUAUUAUUACCAGCAUUUGUCCUUUUGUGAACUCAGUAUCAGAAUACUUGCACUCUUUAACACAUUCUUUAUAAAAUGUAUAAAUUCUCCCAAACCAUUUAAAGAGGAGUGUUAUUAUUGCAUGCAGAUAAUCACAAUCUUGAGUUUGUCUCAGACUGCUAAAGCAAAUUCUUUCUUUUUUUUUUUUUUUCUUUUUCAAAUGCCCUUUGGACGUUUCAGAAAAAAAGAACUCUGUAAUUUGACUGACUUUAAGAUCAGCCAUAAAUAAUGAACAGUCUUCAGAAGCGCUUUCCUCAGCGAGGUCACUUGGGCUCUCCAGGGAAGGAGAGUCUCUGCUGUUAACAUUUUCAAGUACAGGACUCAAACUUCCCCAACAUCUUAGAGCUGUUUAGAAUAAUCAUAUUGAUGAAAUUGUAAUUCAUGGUUGAGUUUCAGAAAAAGAUAUUCAUUGUACAUUAACCUUUAAAGGUCGUUUAAAUAAUAAAAUACUGUAUUGUAAAAGACCUGUACAAUUUUAAAAUAAUAAAGAUUUGAAAGUGUAAAUGUGUGUGCCUUUUAAAGAAGGUUACAUUUUUAAUAUAUUUGAGUGAUUGCUGGGAAGUGUGAAAUUGUUCUGUAUCAAAGAGUUACAUGUUUAUUUCAAAACUGUUGUUUAUAUGCUGUGUAACAGGGUAAAACAGUGUUGCGUAGAGUAGAAUUAUGUAAAGCAGACAUUCAGAGAAGCCAUCCUUGAGCAGAGGCACUUAAAUGAAUAGUAGAUUUGAAAGAGGUUUUUUCAGGUUUGUGGCUAGCAAGCAGUAAUGAUUCUUUUUCAGAAAAUAUUUAAUUUCUUCAAAAAAUAAGUUGGAUAUUUUUAUAAACAUGUUAUCUAAUAGUAUGAAAAUGGAAUAAGCAUCAUAGUGUGUAGAAUUUGACAACAUUCAUGAAUAAAUGAACAGAUGAUUUCAUACGUUUCUA